GAGCCACACCUUUUUGCUUUUGGGCGUAUCUCGUUUUCUGCAGCAGCAAUUAUGGUGAGCUACAGCAAUACUACUGAUGUCCGUUUGCUUCAAGAGGACAGGGAAAUUGUUCCCAUCAGUUUAGCCAUUACUAAAGAUAAACUCAUUAUUGGAAAAAGGAAUGAAGCACUGAUACGACUAGCAGAAACUAAAGAAGGGUAUAACCAUCGUGAAGUAACUCUAAAUAAACGAAAUGAGAAAUUAGGUCUUGUACUGAAGGGUGGGUUCGAUAGUAAUGAUGUAUUGCAAGUAUCAAGAGUUGAAGAAGACUCUCCUGCAGCUGAAGCUGAUAUCAACCCUGGUGUCCUAUUAGUCCAAAUUAAUGGUACACCAGUGCUGAAUAAAUGUCAUGAUGAUGCUAUUGACAUUAUUAAGAAUAGUGGAGAUGCUGUACAGAUUCAUAUAGUCUCGCUAAGAGCUAAAGAAAGAAGUCCAGGAACAACUGAUGAUGUUGGACUAAACCUAUUGACUUUAGGUCAAGAUCAUGAAUUGCCACUAGCUUUAUUGUACCUAACGCAAUACUCAAUGAAACAAAACAGAUUAUUGCCGGACUCACUGCACAUUAUAGUCCAUCCUUCAGAUGCUGGUAAAGAGAAGAAAGAGUUUAUACUAGGAUCCAAAAAGAAUCUUGAUGUUAUUAUUAAAGAAUUGAGUAAAAGUAUUAUAUCUGCUAACAAGAAGAAGGUUGAUGAAUUAAAGAAAAACUUUGACUUACAUGACUUGAUACUAGUAUGCUGGGUAAAUGAACUGAUGGCAUCAUCAAAACAAAGCAAAGUUUGGAUGAAAAGGCUACUCGUUUUAAGAAAUGAAGAAUUGGAGAUAUACAGUGACUUUCCAAGGACUGCUGGAGACUGGCAGUCACCUGAGCUACACUAUGGUGUAUGUGACAUUACAUGGGGCCCAUUGGUGAAGAAUGAUACUAAUAGUCAUAUAUAUCGUCCUCACUCAAUAUCACUGCAGUCAUCAACUGGAGGAAGGCACAUUUUAUCAUUUGAAUGUGAUAUUUCACUUCAUUAUUGGGAAAGAGAAUUGCUCAUGGAAAUCAAAGAUGUUGUCAUGAAAAUAAAUGCUAGAACAUUUGCUGCAAAGUGGGAAGGAAAUGCUGUUGAUUUAACAAUCGAUCUACAGCAAGGUUUUAUCAUUGAAGACUCAACUACAGCAACUAAGCACUGGAGCAAGAAAUUUGAAGAAUUGGAGUCAUCCAGUGAUAAUGGGAGCAAGGUGUUGUAUCUUACCUUUAAAGAUGGUGUUAAGCAAUGUUUGGAGCUGACAGAAUUACAUGCAGUACUUUAUACAAUUGAAGCAUUUCUAAAAACAAGAGUUUCUCUCUUAUAAAACUUUUUCUAAAUAAAUUUAUUUUUUGCAAAAUAAAAAGCAAAUUAACUAGACUAA